AUGGAAUAUUUGGGAGAUGUCAGCAAGUGCCAGUAACAGACGUCUAUAAAUAUGACAUUUCACCCCCUGUUCUUCAGCGCCUAAGGAUUAUCCUGGAGAAGCUCUCGCACAGAGGUUUUACCUGGCGAGAUGAUUAUACACAGCAUGUCAUUGGUCAGGAACUCUCAACCAUACACAAAGUUCACAGCAGACACCCUGAUACAUUUGCAUCUGAAGGGUCUGAGACAAGAAGGACUUUGGGACAGAAUGCAGAAAACGAAAGAAAUUACAAUCUGAAAAAUGAUGUGAACUUGGCCAAGUCUCUUCAGCAAUAUUUUAAAUAUCUUAGUAUUCUCUCCCAGUCUGCAUCUACAAAUUUGUAUCCAAGAAAGACAAAUGACAAAACUUCAGUCAAGAGCUACAACUAUAAUGAUCCUGUCAGGUACUACAUGGUGCAAAAACCCAAAGAAAGAGCAUCUCCUUUGGACCACGCCUCAGCAUCCCGUCAACACCCCGCUCAAAAUCUCCGUGGUAGAACCCUCAGCCAGCCUCAGCCAGACAAGUUCUUGCCAGAGUCAGAAAUGGGGCUUGACCAAAAGACUCUGAUGGCCGCGCUGCACACGUACAUCACUCAGAACCUGUCAGCACAAAGCAAUGAUAAAAGCUCUCACAGCAGGCCUAAGGAGUCUCACGUUUCUGCUGGUAGAUUCUACUCUUCGCAAGUCGAUCCUUUUGGUGGAACUUUCACUGAAGAAAAAGUGGGAGGCUUUAAAAUGAAGAAGCCGUUCCAGCCAAGACCUGUAUCUGGAGUGCUGGGUCCAACCCCUGGGAUGCAGAAUCAUAAAUCUGCUUCCCAGGAUGAUCCAAAGGACCCUCUAACUGUAGUGGAUGAGACAAUUAUUAAAGAUGUACUGAAGGACCUAGAGAAACACCAAGUGAAUGUAGAGAAUCUCAGCUCGACAGAACUGGAUGAGAUCGCUGAUACUAUCGCCAAUGCAAUUCAAACCGUUGGCAUUCAGAAAGAAACAGAAGAGGAUGCUGGAGGAACUAAAGAUGACAAGACAGAGGCACAAAUUAAGAAAGGAAAUUCUCAAGGAAGGGCAGAGGUUCAGACUGGAGUAAUGGAAAAUAGUGCUAAUAUAUCAGACAAUGAAGCGCCUGAAGCCAGUGUGAGGACUGAUAAAGAGGAGAACACUGCAAAACUAGUUAAGUUCUUGAAUGAGAACGCAUUACCUGAAAAUAUGCCUAAAGACCUUAUACCUGAAGAAUCUACUAAAACAGAAACCAAGAAAUCUGAAGAUACUGACUCUUCUUCCUCAGAAGAAGUAAAUGCUGGUGUGGAAAAUGUAAAAAGUGAGACUUUCUCAAGGGAACUCACAGCUGCAAAGGACGAUGAAUCUGACUCCAAAGACCCAAGUGAGACCAGCUACUGGAUUAAGAACACUGUAAUGCAACAUGGAAACUCCUACGAAGAGCCUCAGAAAAAUACAGGACAAGGCUUACAGCUUGAGGUGAAGUCUUCCGAGAAGAAAGAAUACGGCUAUAUUGUGACAGUGAAAGA